GCGCGCGACCCCCCCGCAACCAAAACCUCGUCCUUCAAGCUCGUCCUCCAGCCACACCUCGUCCUCCACCUGUCAUGGCCGACGUCAUGUUCUACGAGGACUCCAUCAUCUUUGACAUCGACGAUCCUGACUUCGCCAAGACGGACGAGAACGCGAACAAUGACAUCAAAGGAGGGUCUAGCGUGUUGCAUCAUAACUUUUCAAACGGUUGCCUGCAUCCAGCCAUGUCUUGUGGAAUGGUUCAAACUGACAACUAUUUUGCUUCCAGCAGUUGGGUUACAAGCAGCGAAAGCAGCGAGAGCCUGUCACGACUUGACCUGAUGACCCACCAGUACCCUAAUCAUGUGGCUGAGCCCAUGAUGACCUUAGAAGACCUACGCUCUCAGUACAACUCCUGCUACACAUGUGGCGUUAGUUGGAGCGACAAUCAUGUUUCACUUGACUGCCGUGAGUGUGGUGGUUAUUCCUUAGAGAGACCCUGCCCUCUUUGUGACGGCAAGUGUCGCAGCUCGUGGAGGAGAGAUAUCUCAAUGUCUCACAGUGUUGGCAAGGCACACUGGGAAGGUGAAUGCGGCCUCUCUAGUGAAGACCGGCCAGCUGUCCCCUCCUUCUUACAAGAGGACGUCUUGGUACAAGGACUCGAAGACCUAACAACAUCGUCAUGAGUCUUAAGUCAUUGAGGUACUCUUCUCUCAGAAGGAGGAAGUACUGUAGCAGCAGCCCAGCAGGUCAGGUGUCAUGUACCAGCUGCAUUUCUCACCAGAGGAUGUUUGUACUCGUUACUGGCAGACAAAUAUUUUCUAAGGCUCCUUGGAGUGGUCGCAUAAUGUGUCCUUAGAUAUUUUAUGGUUGCUUGUUAGGAUGUAUGAAUAUUUGGAUGCCUUGGGGUUCCCUGAGGAAGCGACAGGGUGUGGUGGAAGCCGCAGGUCGCCAGAGAGAACCCAAGGUGGUGUACAAUUGCAGGAAAGCUCAAGUGUUAAACAGGUGCAGAGAUGUGGGAACUUACUUACAAACAGUCUGAUCAAACUCAAAAGCAUUACAGUGGAAUUAAGUUCUUCAUUGCGAAGUAUUUAAUGUUCCAAAUUUGUGAUAUUAUCUUGUGAUAUUAGCUAGUACAAAAGUACAAGAAAUAUUGAUAAAAAAAAAAUGGAUAUAUAACAUAUUGUUGCUCAGCAGGCUUUGUGAUCACCAUAUGAAAAGAUGCAACUUCACCCAAUGUUAAGUAUAAUGUAAUUGCAUAAGAUUUAAUGGCUAUAGAGUCUUGAUUAACACCAGAGAGGAAAUGUUCAUUGGUACUUCAUUUUGCGGGUUUUACAGCUGGUUGAGCAGGGUAGUUGCUGACAGGAUUUGGGAUCACAGUCACUGACAGUCUACAUUAAACAUGUUAUAUAUAUGUAUAUAUAUAACAGUGCAUAUAAGUUGCAGUCAGCUAUCCAGGUUGCAAAGCAAGAUCCUGCACCUGUUUAUUAUUCAAAGUCUUGUUCGGAAUUCAACCUGACCUGAUGUACAGAGGAGUUUUUCCCUAAAUCUACUGGAUAAACCUGAUAAAAAGUAUCUAAGUUCUGAUUCUACAAAAAUUCAAAUUUUUUAAAGCCUUACGUAUUUUCUUAACUAUUUUGACUAGAGUCCUUUGUUUCGGUGAAAUUAUCCUUCUAAUUAUCAAAGGUUCAACUAAAUGAUCAAAUUAAUAUCCAAUUUGUGCUUGUGGGUUGCAAACAAAUCAGUGGCUGUUCAACUGUAGUGAAUGUAUCAAAUAUUUAGAUAUAAUAUUGUAAAUUGAGUUGUCCAUACUGCUAUCACUGCUGAGGGCUUAUACACAUACUUUCAGUUAUGUUCCUAAAUCAUUUUGAAGCAUACUUCACCUUUUGCAUUGUAAGUUGCAGCUCCCGCUGUUGUUCACUUUUCAAUUUUGCAUGAGGCUAAUGUAGCUUUCCUAAAUUUACAAGGUCUUUUUCAACUUUUUUUUUCUCUCUUUUUUUUUAAGAAUGCAAAUCCGGGUAUAUUUUAGUGCAUCCAGUUUUAUGCAAUCAGGAUGAAUUGCAUAGUGGGUAGUAUUCACAGUUCAUUUAGCUUCAAAAAAUGUUUUUACAUGUUUUGAUAUCACUUUCAUUCAAUAUUCGUGGUCAUCAUAAUGCAUGGUUCUCACUGUUCUCAUUGGAAAGUGUCUUAUAUUGUGUAUAUAUUUCUAUUCAGAAUAUUUUCACCAGUAGCUGCCAUAGAUUUUUUUUUUUCUUUCAUCAUAGUUAUUAUGCCUAUGUGAUAAAAAUCAUAGACCAUAUAGAAGCAACAUCUCUGCAUUGCCUCUCACUUAAAGAGUUGUUAUUGUUUGUUGCAGAAUAUUGUAUUCAGAGUCUCAGAAAUUCAGGCUGAAAUAGUGUUUGAAGUUUAAAAGGUUAAAUUGUCUUUUUUUUCUUCUUCUUUUCUUUUAUAUAUGCAAGAUACUCUAACUUUUUUUUGAGGUUGGUCCCCACUCUUAUCUUUUAUUUUCUAUUUUAUUUUUUUGUUAUUAUUUUCUUUAUCCAGCAUUACCAUUCCAAACAAAGUGUAAUCAAUCGUGUGCGUCAAGCCACAACUUGGAAAAAAAAAAGGAACAUCCCUAUGCCUCGAGUAUUGAUUAGUGCCGUUGCUAUUAACCUUUGUAACUCGGUCCAUCAUAAUCUGCUCAAGUGUCUUAUCAGUAUUAGCAAGAAUAAGAGGCAUUCUCAAGUCUUUGCUAUGGUGUUGAGUCUGUGAAUUUUUUUUUUUUUUUUUUUUUUUUUUUUUUUUUUUUUUUUUUUAAUCUUGCUGCAAACAUUAAGGAAAAAAAAUCUGAAGACUUGUGGGCCUAUCUUUUGCCACUCUUUCCAGCACUAGGAGCUUCAUAGAACACAACUUUGUAAAAGACUUUAACAUCCAUGCUGUCACUAGGCCUUAUAGUUAAUCCGAGUAAAUAACUUCAUUGUCUAAGCUUUUGAACGCAGAUAAGUGUCCGAAUCACAAGUAAAUAAUAAAUAAAUGUCUGAAUUAAUGAGUAAUAUUCUCUUCAUGGGUUUUGGUGAACUCUGUCCAUCAUUGUAUGUCUGUGACAGUAAGAGAUGGGAAGGUCCUUUUUAUCACUUCAUUAUAGGUCAUUGUAUCACAAGGUGAGAAAUUUCUGAGGCAAUGUUGUCUUUAAUUAUCAACCAAAAAUUUGAUUAUAUAUGUAUAUUUUUUUUCUUCUGAGUAAUGAUAUUCAGCUGGUUUUAGUGUUCACAAACAAAGUGUUUUUUCUGCAAGUUAUUGUACUUCCAGAUUUUGUGUACCAUUUUUUAUUAAGGAUAGAAAGCUGCUAUUGGUUGUAAACUUUUGGAGCAAAAGGUAAAAAGCAAUUGUUGCAUAAAAUUCUUUGUCAUUGUUUGCAAGACAUCCAGUUGUGAAUAUUGCAAAUGACAUUGUUGUACAUAAAGUUUUUACUCUAUCUGUGUAUGCCUUGAUGGUUAGAUCUGAAAUACUUGUCACCUUUUUGUACAAUCAUCGUUCAUGUUUCACUGAAAUAGAUGAAAAAAUAUUUGUUUGUAUACUUAUUUUGUACUCAGUUUGGAAAAAGGAAAUAUUAAAUUCACAUAAAAUUUGAUAAAGCAUUUUCUUUCGUUAGUAUUGAUGUAAAGAUUUGAAGUGAAUUCUUAGUCAGUUCUUCAGCAUUUUUGUAUUAAAAAAAUAUUAUUUAUUUUUUUCCAUUAUUCUCUGCUAAAUGAUACUAUUGCUGCAGGCUGUGUUAAUUUUUUUUUAAUAAAACAGAAAAUACUAAACUAA